AUGGCUGAUUCAAUUGAAAGAUACUUUUUUGGGAAAGAUAAAACUCCUGAACCCAUAGUUGUUCUAAACAGUGUCCUGAAUGCUCCCUCAAUGGUUAUUUCCAUUAUUGGCAACAUUUUGGUGCUCGUCGCCGUAUCGAGAACGCCUUCGAUCCGUUCGCCAAGCAAAAUUUUGCUGUGCAGUUUGGCUCUGUCUGACCUUCUCGUUGGCGUGGUAGUUCAACCACUGUACCUUGCUGCUUUCUUAAAAAGAAAUCAUUCUGUGCUUAACGCAUCAAGAACAAUGUCUUUUAUUGCAAGUGGUGCUUCUCUAUUCACUAUGACAGCCAUAGCAGUGGAUCGGUUCUUGGCCCUUCACUAUCACAUGCGAUACGCAGCGUUAAUGACCACAAGUCGUACCAAGUAUUCUGUACUGGCCCUUUGGACCGCUGCCGCCUUGCUAUCAAGCUCAGGUUUCCUGAAUAGGAAUGUCUAUGAAUCCACUGUAGCUGUUGCUAUCUCUAUUUCCCUUUUUAUUAGCACCAUUUGUUACAUCAGAAUCUAUACCAUUGCUCGUCGGCAUCAAAACCAGAUUCACCUUCAACAACAGGCGGUGGAAAGAGUGAAUAUCCAACGAUCGAAAAAAGGUGCCAAGAACUCGUUUAUCUAUUACGCUGUGAUGAUUCUGUGUUACUUACCUUUGUUUAUUAACAUGUCACUUCCACCUGAGUUACUGGGAUUAGAGUGGAUCCUAGCAGACACCUUAGUGUUUUUUAACUCUUCUAUCAAUCCUUUUCUUUAUUGCUGGCGUCUCCGUGAGCUUCGAACAGCUGUAAUUCAGACAACAGAGACGUGUUUCUGUAAAUCGGCAGAACAAAACUAGCUGAUUUGGGAUAUGAUUACCGGGAAAUAAACUCCUUAGUGGGAACGACAAUGAACAGCCUUAGAAGAGUCAUGCUGAAUGAAAAUUCGCCAUGGAAAUGAUAGCCAAAAACUAGAAGGUCAAGUAACAGAAGCGGCAGUUUCAGCGGCAGCGCAGCAGUCAAAUGCGGAUUGUUGCUUCAACGCUACUGAAAUUUUUAGUAUUCAGACAGGCGAGCAAAGCGUGAU